UCUCGUUCUUUGGCUUCUGAAAACGCCGAUCAGACAUUGAGAAAAAACAAACACUGUACAUUUUUUAAACAAACAUCGCGAAUUUUCGUUAUUAAUAUCUUCUAAAAUUUUAAGAAAAUGAAUGCACCACCUACGUUCGAAUCAUUUCUCCUGUAUGAGGGUGAAAAAAAAAUCAUCAAGGAACUCGACACUAAAGUUCCGAAUGCCGCUAUUUUUACCGUGAAUAAAGAAGAUCACACUCUUGGCAACAUGAUUCGCAACCAACUGCUGAAGGAUCCCAACGUUCUGUUUGCUGGUUACAAACUUCCGCAUCCGCUGGAGCAUAAGUUUGUCAUUCGAAUUCAAACGACCUCUGACUAUUCCCCGCAGGAAGCAUUCAUGAACGCCAUCACCGAUCUGCUGUCUGAGCUCUCACUGUUUGAGGAACGCUUCAAAGAAGCCUACAAGGAAAAGAAGGAGGGAGGCGACUAGUCAGGGAAGUUCUCAGUAUUUUCUUGUCAGAUCGCCCGGUGUAUGAUGUAAGUUGCUAGUUUUAUUAUCCUAUCUAAAUGGAAAACUAAUUUCGUGAAAUAAAUAUGGUUCUUAAGUUAUAUAAACUGGUACAAAACUAUAAAA